CGCUAAAGUACAAUUACCAGUUUCGAGAGGUAAAUGGAAGGCGGUUCGGUGCUUUUUUGGUUUCUGUGGUUCCUAAUAGUCAGCGUUUUCAUUGAUGACGCUCAUCAGAAUCCUGACUUUUCAGUCGAGAAAUUAUUUGAUGCAUUUAAAAAUGGUGUAGAUCCUGAAGUAUAUCAAAAUAUAACAGAAAUAAUUUCUUCCAAAGGUUAUACACCUCAGGAGCACUACAUAACGACUGAUGAUGGAUACAUUCUUUGUAUCGUUCGAAUUUUGCCGAAAUGUAAUCAGCCUUUUAGUAAACAAAAGGUUGUUUUUCUUCAGCAUGGUCUUUUGGACUCUGCACAUACUUGGGUCAACAAUCUUCGAAAUGAAAGUUUAGGAUUUAUACUUUCAGACAAUUGCUACGAUGUGUGGAUGGGGAAUAGUCGCGGAAGCACCUACUCGUCAAAGCACAAGUUCUUAAAACCGGAAGAUAAAGACUUCUGGGCAUUUUCAUGGGAUGAGAUGGGUAAAUACGACCUUGCUGCGUCAAUAAACUAUGUCCUGAACCAUACGAAUGCAGAAAAAAUAAGUUAUAUAGGACAUUCUCAGGGUUGUCAAGUUGCAUUAGCCUGUUUCAAUGAACAUCCGUAUCUGCAAUCCCGUGUCAACUUAUUUAUUGCACUUGCUCCAGCUGUUUAUCUUGGCUCUAUACAAAGUCCUAUACGUUUUAUAGCACCGUUUAUAAAAGCUGUAGAACCAGUGGUUGAAUGGUUUGGAAAUGGUGAAUUUUUACCAUCAAGUAAAAUUAUCCAAUUUUUUGGCACAUUUUUAUGCAAAUCAAAUCAUAUACCUUUUGUUUGUAGUAAUAUAAUUUAUUUGAUCGUCGGAUACAAUGUAAGAAAUACAAAUGAGACAAGACUGCCAAUUUAUGUUGCGCAUACUCCAGCUGGGACAUCAGUUCAAAAUAUGGUUCAUUAUUGUCAAGCUAUAAUGUCUGAUCGUUUUCAGAAGUACGACUACGGAGAUGAGAAAAAUGUAGAAAUAUACGGUCAACCUGAUCCACCAUUGUAUGAUAUUUCUAAACUGAAAGUGCCUAUUGUAAUUUACUACGGUGGUCAUGAUUGGCUUGCCUCUCCUAAAGAUGUUCGCAAACUUGCUAAGCAGAUAAACUAUACUGUUUCCGGCGUACAUUAUCUUCCUCAUUAUAACCAUUUGGAUUUUGUCUGGGGUUUAGAUGCUGGUAAAGUGUUAUAUCCUUCAGUUUUAAAGCAUCUGUCAAACGUUUAAGAAGCCAGAGAAAGCCUGUUUUGCAUAGGAUAAUAGCUUUGCUUCAAUGUGAAAGUGUAUUUCAUUCAUUCAUUCAUUCAAUAUUCUCCGGUUAUUUCUUAUCGCGUAAUUCACUUUCCUAAAUUUGUAACUUGUGAACUUUGUUUUGUUGUUGUCAUGCGAUUAUGUCUAAAGCGGUGAUUGAAUUUUUUUCUCAUCCUUUGAUUUAUUUUUAUACAGUGAAUUGUAUUCAACGACAAUUUUUUCUUUACACGGAUAUAAAAUCAUGUGGCUUGAAAUCUCCGAUUACUGCACAAAACAAAUGGCAUUCAUAGAAGUCUGUCUUCCCUUUUUUUUCUCUCUCACUUAUUUGCGAAUACGAAGGGGCUGUUUAGUGUUUGCUCAAAAUGUCCCUGAAGAGUGUCAAGCGAAGUGAUCCAAUGACUUAUACAUUUAUUAUCAUUAUUUCCUUUAGUUCCUAGAAGAACAUAGGGCUUCAGCCACGCACGUAUCCAUUGCGUUUGGUCCACUACCAACGUUUUCACCUGACUACACGUAUGCCAACAUUCUUUCAUCUCCUCCUCCAUGUCUUCCUCUCACUGAUGACCAACUAACUAGCCACUUCCCAUUCAGGUUUCACUCGAGUGACGGCCUGGUGCGUGAUGUCACUCGAUGGUGGUUUGUUUUCUCAGAGUACGGCCUCCAGUCCACCUCCAUUUAUUCCUGCAUAUUUGUUGCCCAAUCGGUUCCUGCUGGGAUGGUUCGCUCAUUACCAGAGAUCAUACCCUGUUGCUGAUCUUUUCUGGCUGUCCAUCCGAUCUUGAGCGAAGUACUGAACGAAGACAGCUGUUGAUGAAGGUUUGUAGUUUGUCCGAAGUGCCC